AUGGCACUCGUCAAUGAUGCCAUCGACGAGAUUGGAAUGACCCCAUUCCAGUGGAAGCUUUUCUUCCUCAAUGGAUUCGGAUAUGCCGUGGACUCUCUUCUCAUUGUGUGUCAAUCGAUUGCAAACCCUGCAGUAACACAAGAAUAUGGAAAUCCAAGUGCACAUGUUCAAGGCAUUCCGCUGGCAUCUCAAGUCGGCUUGUUAGUCGGGGCUGCAGUUUGGGGAUUCUCCGCGGAUGUCAUUGGUCGACGACUUGCCUUCAACUCCAGUCUGUUCAUCUGUGCUAUAUUUGUCUUGAUUGGUGGCGCAAUGCCGAGCUACAUAUCAUUCUCUGCUAUUGUCGCAAUAUACUCCGCAGGAGCUGGUGGCAAUUAUAUUCUUGAUGCAACAAACUUCCUGGAGUUCCUUCCAGGGCGAAAGGCUUGGCUAGUCACUUUCCUCUCGAUUUGGUGGGCAGUCGGAUAUACUGUGACUGGUCUCCUCGCUUGGGCAUUUAUGAGUAACUACAGCUGCUCACCAGAUGCGGUAGUUUGCACACGUGCAGCUAACAUGGGCUGGAGAUAUCUUCACUUCACAUGUGGAGCCCUCGUCAUAGUUAUGGCCACGCUUCGUGUAGUGGUUCUCCAAAUGGUCCAAACACCAAAGUGGCUGAUCAGCCAAAACCGGGAUGAAGAAGUGUUCAAAAAUCUCCAGGACAUUGCAAUCAAAUAUAAACGACCAUUCUCACUUAAUCUUGAGCAUCUCAGAGCUCAAGGGAGAGUUCGCAACACCGAGAAAUCUGUCUGGUCCGGAAUUCGCUUAAAGCUCCACUUCUCGGGUUUGUUCGAAACAAAGAAAUUGGCGUGGUCUACCACGGUCAUCAUUGCAAAUUGGUUCGUGAUCGGCAUGGUCUCGCCUCUUUACUCAGUAUUCUUGCCUUUUUACCUCGCUUCUAGAGGAGCCGAUGUUGGCGACAAUAGCAACUAUACUGUCUGGCGUGAUUAUGCUAUCAAUCAAAUCGCUGGCUUAGGUGGUCCGAUAAUCGCUGCUGUCCUCGUGGAGACAAGAUACCUUGGCCGAAGGGGCACAUUGGCCAUUGGUGCUCUUGUUACCAUGGUCUUCCAGUUCGGAUACACUCAAAUCACCACGCCUGCUCAGAACGUUGGUGUUUCUGCUGCGAUCAGCGCCGCAUCAAAUAUAUAUUAUGGGACGAUCUAUGCUUAUACACCCGAGAUUCUACCAUCGGCUCAUCGAGCUACAGGCUACGGGCUCUGUGUGGUUCUGAACCGAGUCGGUGGAAUAGCCGGUGUGCUUGUGGGGAGUUACGCGAAUGUUGAAACGACAGCUCCUCUAUUCGUGUGCGCUGCCUUAUUCGGAUUGUUGGUUAUCUUGAGCAUCUUACUCCCUUUCGAGCCUAAAGGUAGAAGGAGUCAAUAG